CUCGCCCCAUGGCCUCCCAAUAUACACAAUGAAAACAUUAUAAGAAGGUAAAAAAUAUAAGAAAAGGGUCUUUCCUUCAAUCAAUUGCAGUAAUCCAUCCAUUUCAAUUAAUAAAAUCCCAAGUACACGUUCGUAGCAAGAAGAUGCUGCUAGGAACGCUUGCCAAAACAUCGUCUGCUGUCGAGACGCAAUACGAUCCGCGCGUUAUGUAAACUCGCGACGUCACUGUUUAUGUGUUGUGCAUAAAAAUACUCUCCCCGAAGCCGCGCGAGCGAGAGUCUAAUUAACGCACCGAAAGUUUCGGCAUGUAUUGUAGUAACUAUAACUCGGACGAUGGUAAAUGUCACCUUUGUCUUCUCGCCUUUUUGCCUUACUCGUCUGUAUAAUAACGUAUAUUGAGCGCUGAUAUUUGUCGCGCACACCGCGGCCUGUGCAUAUGUCAGAAGCCGAGUGCAACUAGUGAUUUGACAUUCGUAUGAUCAACGGAAUAAAGAGCGUCGUAGUUGAAGUUUGUUUUGAACGAAAAAAAGGAAUCGAGCGAUAACCUUCUCUGUGACUAAAGAUAUACACAGACACAAUCAAGGGCUUUAACAUGGCUACUAUUGCAACUCCUGCCAACAGCUCACCAAUGAGGUCUCCGGCUCAGAGCAAAAAUGUCAGACAAGGCAGUGUUAUUGAUUUUGAUAUAGACAUGUUUUUAAAAAUAUCUAAUUAUGAAGAUACCGUCAGGCAACUUGAUAUAUAUUAUGGCAUUGUCAAAAGGCAAAUUCUACACUACCAAAGUUGUAUAACAGGGCUUUUUCCACAAGUAUCAGAUGAAAAAAAAGUAGGAAGCAUCAGAGAAAGUAUAUAUUGUGCAGCAGCCAUCUGGAGUUUAUACCAGGCUUACAGGAGAAUAGAUGAUGAUAGAGGAAAAUCAUACGAGUUGGGACAAUCAGCCAUUAAAUGUAUGAGAGGUAUCUUAGAAUGCUGGAUGAAACAAUCAGCCCGCGUGGAACUUUUUAAGAAAAAUCAGUCCAAUCGAUAUGCUUUGCAUUGCAAAUUUCAUCUAGAUACAGGAGAAGAAAUAUUUAGAGAUGAGGAUUACAAUCAUUUACAAAUAGAUGUUGUAUCAUUGUACCUUAUAUUUCUGGUCCAAAUGAUAUCAUCUGGACUUCAAAUAAUUUAUACUCAAGAUGAGGUAGCAUUCAUUCAAAACUUGGUGUACUAUGUAGAAAGAGCUUAUCGUACACCUGAUUUUGGAAUGUGGGAAAGAGGCAGUCGUUACAAUGAUGGAACACCAGAAAUCCAUGCAAGCUCUAUUGGCAUGGCCAAAAGUGCACUGGAAGCCAUCAAUGGAUGCAAUUUGUUUGGUGAAAAAGGAGCAUCCUGGUCGGUCAUAUACGUCGAUAUCGACGCGCACAAUCGUAAUCGUUGCAUUUUCGAAACUAUGUUGCCCAGAGAAUCUAGCUCCAAAAGCGUCGAUGCCUCUUUGCUGCCAACCAUUUCAUUUCCUGCUUUUGCUACUCACGAAGAAGUAUUAUACACCGAAACCAAAGCUAAUAUUCUCAGAAGAUUGCAAGGAAACUAUGGUUUUAAAAGAUUUGGACGUGAUGGAUUCAAGACUGUUAUAGAAGAUCCUGAGAGACGCUAUUAUAAACCUGGUGAAAUUAAAGAUUACGAUCACAUAGAAUGCGAAUGGCCGAUUUUUUACAUUUUCAUGAUUAUCGAUGGAGUUUUCAAUACCCUACCGGAGCAAGUGGAAGAAUAUCAACGAUUGUUAAAAGAUCGAUUAUCAAAAGACGCUUACGGAGAUCCAAUCAUACCGGCGUAUUAUUACGUACCCAAGGAGAGCAUCGAGAUGGAGAAAGCCGAUCCGGGUACGAUGGCGAAACAACCGAGCCGCAUUGGUCGGCCUCAACGAGGAGGUGAAGACACCCCAAUCUACCUGUGGAACCAGGCGAUGUUCGUCAUAGCUCAAUUGCUCACUGCCAAUCUGCUGCACAUCAACGAGCUCGAUCCGAUUCGUCGAUAUCUGCCCUCGUACAAUCGGCCCAGAAAGGCGGGGCGUUACUCGGCUUUCCAAGUAAAACUAAACAGCGGCACUCAUACCGAUUUGGUCGUUCAAAUCGUACUAAUCGCUGAAUCCAUGAGACUUCAAGCCAUGAUGGCAACUUACGGAAUUCAGACUCAAACGCCUCACGAAGUUGAACCUGUUCAAAUACUCUCAUCUACUCAAUUGGUCAAAGUUUACCAGAGUUUGGGUGUCAAUGAAAAAUUAGGAUUAGAGGGGCGACCAGCUCGACCUAUUGGUUCUUUGGGCACCAGUAAGAUUUACAGAGUUUGCGGCAUGACUGUACUUUGUUAUCCCCUCAUAUUCGAAGUAUCGGAAUUCUAUCUGUACCGAGACAUGGCUCUACUUAUUGACGACAUCAAAACGGAACUUCAAUUUGUUGGAAAGUACUGGAGACUUUCCGGUAGACCUACCGUAUGCCUUCUCAUACGGGAGGAGCACAUGAGGGAUCCACAGUUCAAAGAGAUGCUCGAUCUUUUCGCUAUGCUGAAAAAAGGCUACUGCGAUGGAACCAAAGUACGAAUAGGUCGACUGCAGAAUCUCAUAUCCUCGUCCUGCAUUGAGCACUUGGAUUUCAUAAACAGUAUGGAAACGGACAUAGAGCUGAGGCAAUUCAAGCAGUUGGAACAUGACUACAUCGGUUAUCAAAGCUUGACAGACGUACCCAAGGCUCUGUCGUACGACGAACAGACCAGAGACCUUUCCAACUUCAAGAACGAGUCGACUCCGAAUAUCAUCAACGCGAUCAGAAACGCAGCCGGAUUGUACGCCAAGUGCCAGCUGUACGGUAUACUCUUGCAACGCGAGGGUGAAAAUUACGAAAUCAAUGGUAAUUUAGUCGGUGAAACUCUGAGAAGUCUAUAUCAGCAAGCUGGUAGCUUGCGCUUUUGGAUGGGCGUGAGAUACUGCAGCAGUUUGCUCAACCACACGGUCGACAGUAUAAGUCCCUUCAUCACCGGAGUCUUGGUCAAAGGAAAACAGAUCACCGUGGGCGUCAUUGGCCACGAAGAAACUGUAUUCGACAAGCCCAUGACGCCAGCCGAGAUACAGGCCGUCAUGUACAAUACCAUACAACCGCACAACGUCGUGCAGGCCGUACUACAACAGGAGAUACUGCUCUAUUGCGGUCGACUGAUCGGAACUAAUCCCGAAAUGUUCAAGGGUAUUUUGAAGAUACGAAUCGGAUGGGUUUUGGAGGCCAUGAAUAUUUAUCUUCAGAUUAUGGGAAUGACCACUAAACCCAUCGAAGACUAUAGCCCUUACAAAGCUCGUCAGCUACUUAUUAAAGUGCUUACUGUGAAGGAAUGGGCUGAGGAUGAAGAAUUAUCCAUUCUGGGCAGAAGAAAAAUCGAGGGUAGCCUGUGUAGAGUCCCAACGCACUUCUAUAAUCAAGUGUGGGAGGUACUAGAAAGAUGUCCAGGCGGCAUACGAGUGAACGAUCGCGAAAUACCGCAACAGCCGACGCUUUCGAGCAUGACGAGAUCUGAAUUGACGUUCGCACUUCUCGUCGAGUCGACCCUUCAUCACAUACAUAUUCCAGAAUAUCGCCAAAUUGUUGUCGAGCUUCUCAACAUCGUAUCGACUAUUUUACUAAGGAAUCCUGAGUUAACUUUUCAAAAACAACUGAAUUUGAACAAAUUGGUUGACGAUGCGUUCAUUAUAUUUUGCAAGGAUAAUAACGUGGAAAAGACUUUGGACAUGACAAGUUUCUUUUCUGCCAAUUACUCGUUAACCACAAGUUAUUUAGCCCGGGCAGUAGUUAAUAAUGUGUUAACAGGCGAUUGUGUUACCAAUAUUUCUGAAUCGCACGAUGCCAUUGAAACCAACGAAGUAUGCGUUAUUUCUUGAAAACUAUAUUAGCUUUACUGGCUGUCAAUUUGCAGUUAUGUUAUUGUUAUUUGAUAAAUAUAAUUUAUCAGUUGUUUAAAAAGAUAUACUUCGAGAUUGUA